UAUGGCUGCCGUUCCCCUUCCCCCUCUCUUUUGUUGCUCAAGCAAACUGCGUAUGCCUAAAGUACAGAACUAUCGUAUAAUCAUGUCUCGCAGCUUCCAUAGUGAAGGGAACUCCGCCAAUAUUAAUGUUGAUUCACAUUUAAAUACUCUACGGCAGAGAAUAGAGCAACUAAGGAAGAAGGAGAAGUUGAACACAGUUUAUAACAGACAUGAAAAUAUUGGUUGGAAUUAUAUAUCAGAUUACAACGACAAACACAAGAAAUAUUGCUUGAUAUUGCAGUUGGCUGAGCUCGCAGGUUUAGCAGGCAGCAACAUAGGAUUUGUUGUCCUAAGUGGUUCUUUCUGUAUCUUUCUUGUUUCCCUUAUUGCCCACAUGCAUGGCUAAUAUACAUGAGAAAAAUUGUAAAUUGG